AUGCAAGCAUUGUCUCUCUCUGGUGUACCGCACGAAUCCUGGAUUCUCGGCCUUCGCGCGUCUGGUAUCUCGUCUUGGCAUGACCAGAAUGCUACCGCUCCCAUCAUCUAUCUCGGAUACCCUAUCUGUUCAUCUACCGCUCAAAAGAACUCAUAUUUCGAUGCUCUUCUCACUCGCCUCCGAGACUUUUGUCGUCUUUAUUCCGUACGCAACCUUACCUUUCGAGGCCGGGCUACUGUUCUCAAUUCAGUCUUGUUCUCUAAAGCGUGGCAUAUUGCACGCUUGUUUCCUUUUUCGGCUACAGAUAUUCAUAAGCUACAACAACUCGGUGCUUCGUUCGUAAAUCACAAUGCCAAAGUAACUUGGUUCUCAUUCGCUACUCUCUGUCUCCCUCGUACUCAUGGCGGUCUUGGUCUUUUGGAUCCUGCUGUGCAGAUCAACGCCCUUCAGUGGCGCUGGCUUCAUCCACUUUUGCACCCCAUCCGAUCCCACCCCUCCUACCAAGACUUUUCUUCCUUAUCUCCGUGUCAUCCUCAACUUCAUCCUCGCUACUCCCUCAUACCCCACUUACCACUGGUCUCUCCUCUUUCCUGCCUGUCGGCCAUCAAGCGCCAGAAAGGUCAUCGCUCCUCUCUACAACCUUCUUCGCGCCGUAGAUACCAUUGUUCGCAAGUUUGGUGUCUGUCAUGUUUCCUUCAGUACUUGUCUACGAUUGCCAUUUUCGACCUUGGUUGA